UCGCCUCCCCACCUUUUUCCCUCUCCCACUGCGGCCGAAGAAAAAAGCUCCCGACCUCUCUCGCCUUUUCUCUGUUCGAUUCGCAGAUCUGGUUUUUGAAAAUUCCCUUCGGCGACCGACUUUUUCUCCCUCGGAACCCGAACGCUCUGCUCCCGCAAAGUUUGCGCUCCCGUACGUCCCUUCUUCCCUCUCUUCUCUCUCUCUCUCUCUAGCGGGAGAGUUGCUUUAGCCCGUGAAAUGCGGUCUCGGAUUCUUGAGCUGCACGGGCCCGAGCAGCAGCAGCUCGCGCCUCGGCUUUCUUGUCGCCGAUGAGGUGGAGCGGCGUCGUCGUCGUCGAUGGAGGCCCCCGCAUUUCGCCAUAAGAGGUCCAAGCUCUGCGUCGCCGAUCGGAACUCCGGCCACACGCUCUCCUCGCGCGGAGGAAACAAGCAAUUUCAAAGACAGAGGAACUUUGGUAUAGUGGCCUCUGAUUCUAGUUCUGAAAGUAGUGGCACUUCAGGCGAAGACUUGAUCAUGCUGGAUUUACGGUUGAGAUCUAGCAAAAAAGCUGCCACCACUUCUGGCACUCCUAUGAAGAAAUUAUUAGCCAAUGAGAUGUUGCGAGAAACUGGAUCCAAGAGACAGUCACCGAGUGUCAUUGCAAGAUUAAUGGGUUUCGAAGGCCUGCCACUUCAGCAGCCUGGUCAUAAGCAACAGAAGAGAUAUUUGGACAAUCAUCAGUCCGGGAGAAAAGUAGAGAAAGCAGAAAGGAGUAGUGCGUGUUCCAGCCGUCGAUCAUCUAGGAAAAGCUCAAAGGAGGAGGAAGAAUUUAAAGACGUGUUUGAAGUUUCCGAAAUGUCAAAGUUACCAAGUAAGAGUUACUUACCAAAAGGGGCUGUGAAGUCUGCCAUGACUGAAGCUGAAAUGGAAUUUAUUUGCCAGAAAUUUGUUGAUGCAAAACGUCUUUCAACCGAUGAUAAGCUUCGGGAUUCAAAGGAGUUUGAUGAUGCUCAGGUAAUGGACUCAAACAAAGAUCUCCUCGUUAAAUUUCUGCAGCAACCAGAUCCACUGUUCACGAAGCAUCUGCAUGAUCUUCAAAGUCCUGAGUUUCAAUCACAUUUUAGUUCUGCGACUGCUUCAAAAGGUCCAGAAAGAACCAGGAGUAUAGAUUCAAAACCAGGGAGGGAGAAUCCGCCAAGAAGAUGUGGCAGAUCGCCAAAGAUUUAUCACGACAAGUUUAUUGGUACUCCAGUCAGCGAUACAGCUCAUGGUACUCUCAAGUCGUCAAAGUUAGAGGGGCAAGUGCUCUCAGAUAUUCUUCCUACCCAGAUUGUUGUUUUAAAGCCAAACCUUGGGAAGGCACAUGGUCCUACCAAAAAUAGUCUGUCUCCAACUUCGCUUUCGUUUUCUCCUGACGCAAGUCCAAGUUAUAGGAAUCAUCUAGAGUGUCCUGUGGAUACGGAGCUUAAGUCAAAGGAUUCACGAGAAAUUGCCAGAAGAAUUACUCGGAAAAUGCGGAACAGUUAUGGUUCUGGUUCAAUCUAUAUAGCACCUGUCCAAUCAGGGGGCUAUGCUGGAGAUGAUAGCUCAUCUACCAUGUCUCUGAGUGACUCUGCAUAUGAGUCAGAUAUGACAGUAUUGACGAACACAACUGCAUUGACGAAUACAAGGUCUGUUAACUGUAAAAACCGAUAUAAGCACGCAUCCUCUUCUACUGAGUCAUCUGUGAGUAGGGAGGCGAAAAAGAGACUCUCAGAGAGGUGGAAAUUGACUCACAGGUCUCAAGAGAUUGGAGAAAUUAGCAGAGGUGGCACACUGGCUGAAAUGCUUGCUAUUCCUGAUGGUCAAGUGAGGAGUGCAGAUUCAGGUCGAAAAAUUGUCCAAGAAGGAUUCAAAGUGGAGUUUGCUGGAGGCAAUGCAUCUGCAAGCUGUGUUGAACCUUUGGGCAUCAGCAGCAGAGAUGGGUGGAAGGACGUGUGCGUGAAUAAGCUAUCAAGAUCUAGAUCUCUUCCUGCUUCAUCUGCAGUCUUUGGCAGUCCUAAAAGUGAAGCUCCUUCUGAUUCCAGGCACCGGAUGGCUAGAGAGAUGGUGAGAUGGGACAAGAUUAUGACUGCGAGGGAAAAUUUUGAUGUCAGAGAUAGUUUUGUCAACAGAAAGUUCACACCAAGACAUAUUGAACGUCAUCCUCCUCACUGCAGCAGUGGUGAGAGCAGUGAUGCUUCAUCAGAGUAUCAUUUGACUCAGUAUAAAAGGAGAAGUGGCCUCAAGGAGAUCGAUCAGCCUGAACAGAGCCCUGCUAUUUCUGAGGCAUUUGGGGAUGUGGUUCAUGUUGGUGUUGCCAAUGUGGGGUCAAAGAUGGUAACCUCGAUUUCCGAACCUUCAAAUCCGGAGCAUCCAUCGGCUAAAGUUAACUCUACUGUCUCCUACGCAGAUGAUGUCCAGGGUCCAUCUAUCAAUCCAUCUAGAGAGAGUCCAGAACCUGUAAUUCAUUCAAUACCUGAAUCUGAAUCUUCUGCAAGUUCGAAGGAGGCGGAUCAACCCAGCCCAAUAUCUAUUUUGGAAGCUCCUUUUAAGGACGAUCUCUCAUCGGGUUCUGAAUGCUUUGAGAGUCUCAGUGCUGACCUUCAUGGUCUUCGCAUGCAACUGCACCUACUCAAACUGGAAUCUCAAGCAUGUACUGAGGGAUCAAUGCUUAUCUCAAGUGAUGAAGAUGCUGGGGAAGGAUUGAUGCGUUUCUCAGGAGAUAGAGGACUGUACAGAACUGAAGAGAGCUGGGAAUCUUCCUACAUUGUCAAUGUCUUAGUGAGCUCUGGCUACGACAAUUCUGAUCCUGAAAUGUUCAUUGCAAAGUGGCACUCUCCUGAGUGCCCCGUGAAUCCAUUGGUGUUUGAAGAGCUAGAGAAAAGGUACUGCGAUGAAAGUUCCUCAAGGUCUGCAAGGAAGCUACUCUUUGACCGUGUUAAUUCGGCUCUUGUGGAAAUUUACCAGCAACUCAUGGAUCCGCACCCAUGGGUCCAUCCACGGGCAGCGAAGUUGGAUUUUAAUUGGGAUAAAGACUCUCUCCAGGAUGGUCUGAUCCGGUUUCUGACAGGCCAACGGAAGAAGGGCUGCAAAGGCAUGCUCGAUAAGUUGUUGGCGAGGGAAUCACCGUGGUUGAACUUAGGAGAUUAUAUAGAUGUCAUAGGUAGGGACGUUGAGAGGGUACUGAUAGAUGAUCUUGUAGCUGAAGUACUGUCUAUGUAAAGAACUUUAUCAGCUUAGGGACUUCCAUGUAUGCAGAUCAAGCUAUCGUUCCAUGCCAUAAUAAAGUGAACAAAAUUUGUAAGUUCUAAA